CUGCAAUCAAUUCUCUCUCUCACAUCUCAAAACAACGCGCGCAUACUCUAGCUACCUAGUCGAACCGCCAAACCCGCAAAAAUGACCACCGCCCUCAAAUCCAUCCGCUCGCUCGCUCCCCUCCUCGACCGCGUGCUGGUACAGCGUGUCAAGGCCGAGGCUAAGACCGCUGGUGGCAUCUUCCUGCCCGAGAGCGCCGUAAAAGAGCUGAACGAGGCCAAGGUGCUGGCCGUUGGCCCGGGAGGCUUGGAUCGGGAUGGGAAGCGGAUUGCGCCGAGCGUGAAGCCCGGAGACAAAGUUUUGAUUCCACAGUACGGCGGCAGCCCAAUCAAAGUCGGCGAAGAGGAGUACUCUCUGUUCCGCGAUCAUGAACUCCUAGCCAAGAUAAACGAGUAAACACAUCUUACCCGCCACGUCUCUAUACCCUCUCCCGACCAAGCAUGUACCCUACCUGUACAAUACCACGCAACCUACAAAUACAGCACAUCCAGCCAAUCCCAUCCGGCGUUUGUUCGGUCUGGAAUAGUUUGGGGCAUUUUGAAAGCGUCUUGUCUUCCUCAAUUCCCACUCGAAAAUCUAUAAUUAGACGGAUCGAAAGAGAUAGGAA